UUAUUCUUCUUCUUCUAUCUUUCUUUUUUUUUUUUUGUUAUUUAAUUCGCCGUUAAAAAUUCGCAAACUUUUAUAAAGAUUACUCGAUAUUGUUUAGUCGUUUAAUACGAUGGAAAAAAAUGUGGUUAAUCAAAUCGAAUUGUUAUUCAUUUAACAAAUUUGUUAUAUCGGAGUAUUCUCGCGCUUUUAAACCUUUUCUAACGAUCUCUGCGUUAGCGCGGGAAAAUUCUUGCGUGUGUGUCUCUAAUUCAUCGAUUCGCUUAUCGCUAUGGCAGAAGGAAAUGGGGAAAUAAAAAUGGAAGAGAAGCAGUCGAAGGAGGAAAUGGAAUAUACAGAACGGACAGAAGACUACACAAAACUAAUCCAAUACGGACUAGAUGAAAAAGUGGCUGCAAAACUUGAUGAAAUUUACAAGACGGGAAAGCUGGCACAUGUGGAUUUGGAUGAAAGGGCAUUAGAUGCUUUAAAGGAAUUUCCAGUUGAAGGAGCAUUAAAUGUACUCACACAAUUCCUUGAAUCAAAUUUAGAACAUGUGUCCAACAAAUCAGCAUUUCUCUGUGGCGUAAUGAAAACUUAUAGGCAAAAAAGUCGUGCCGGUCAAGGUACUGGUACGAGUACGACAUCUAAGGCACCUGAUGAGGAUAAAAUCAAAAUGAUACUUGAAAGAACUGGUUAUCCAUUGGAUGUAACUACAGGGCAAAGAAAAUAUGGCGGACCGCCACCAAAUUGGGAGGGCCCGACUCCAGGAACUGGUUGUGAAGUGUUUUGUGGUAAAAUCCCAAAAGAUAUGUAUGAAGAUGAGUUAAUACCGUUAUUCGAAAAAUGUGGCAAAAUUUGGGAUUUGAGACUGAUGAUGGAUCCUAUGUCAGGUUGCAACAGGGGAUACGCAUUUAUCACUUUCACUAACAGGGAUGCUGCUCAAUUGGCUGUCCGUGAGCUGAAUGAUUAUGAGAUUCGGAAAGGGAAAAAGAUUGGUGUUACCGUAUCUUAUAACAAUCACCGCUUGUUUGUGGGAAAUAUUCCAAAGAAUCGAGACCGAGAUGACUUGUUCGAAGAGUUUACAAAGCACGCACCGGGCCUGACUGAGGUGAUUAUCUACAGUUCACCAGAUGAUAAAAAGAAGAACAGAGGUUUCUGCUUUCUAGAAUAUGAAUCUCAUAAAGCAGCCUCAUUAGCAAAACGAAGACUAAGCACUGGUCGCAUCAAGGUCUGGGGCUGUGAUAUCAUAGUUGAUUGGGCUGAUCCACAGGAAGAGCCUGAUGAAUUAACAAUGUCCAAAGUACGAGUGUUAUAUGUUAAAAAUUUAACGCAAGAUUGUUCUGAAGAAAAAUUAAAAGAAUGUUUCGAACAAUAUGGAAAAAUUGAAAGAGUUAAAAAAAUUAAGGACUACGCUUUUGUGCAUUUUGAAGACAGGGAUAAUGCUGUAAAGGCAAUGAACGAGUUAAAUGGUAUAGAAAUUGGUGGUUCGCAUAUAGAAAUUUCACUAGCUAAGCCUCCAUCUGAUAAAAAGAAGAAAGAAGAAAUUCUUAGAGCAAGGGAACGAAGAAUGAUGCAAUCAUUGCAAAGUCGUGGCGGAGGGUCUCCUUCCCACCCUGGAAUGAUGGGAGGCCCGAUGCCAGUUCGGGGUCCUGGACAAGGUCCUAGAGGCACAGGUGCAGGUAUGCGUGGACAAAUGGGACGAGGCGAUUAUGGCUGGGCGUGGGCGUGGAGUGGUGCCGCGUGGCCGAAUCGGUGGCCCGCAAACCACCCGUGGGCCAGUCAGGGGGGGGCGCAACCCCGCAACUACAGGGGCCCGUGGGGUCCAGCGACUGGCCGCUCGUGGGGGGGUCCGCGCCAAGGGAAGUUUACCAGCAGGUAAACGAAAAUUUGACGGGGGUCACCAGAACCAGGGGGAAUCUAAACGUCGCUUCCAGAGCAAUUGGGGAAACCAACCCCUCGCCCAACAACCGCUGGGCAAUGCGUACGGACUGGCGAGUGUGAAUGGUGGCAGUGGUGGUGGUGGCGGUGACAUAGGAUUUGGAGGAAGAUCUGCAGCACUCGGUGGCGUUUCUGGCGACGAUCACGAAUGGUAUCAAGACUCUUAUCAAUCGUGGAGCUAACUUCUGCGUGUAUGUGAGUGAGAAUACGCACGAACAUACGUAUAUAAUUGCAUAUAAAAACAAAACAAACAAAA